UGUUAACAAUGCAGUAAGUGUCGUCCAAUUUUGUACUGAAUUCUAAUUCUGCCUGGAGUUGGGAGAAAAUGGAGUCUCUUCAUGAUAUUUACUCGGGCCUACCGUUAAGAGAAAGUUCGAUAAAUUAUCGUAUGUGUUGUGCAACAAAUUAUUGGAUUUAAAGUUUUCCGAAAAGUGUAUUUGGUUCGAUUCUUUAUCGGAUUAAAUCUGAAUGAUACAUCUAUCUCAUGGUACAGAAGGGAGCCAGAGUGGUUUGGGCCAAGGGCAUCCUUGUGACCCCUCACAUGACUUGGAAUAGGAACGAGUGUGACCCCUAAAACACACAACAUGGAACGCCAGUAGGAGCCAGCAACACAGAGACAAACAAAAACCUAGACCAAGAGAAAGCGAGGAGGAAACAUAAUCUCUCCACAAAUCUCUCCUACUGGAGGGCCUUAUCUAUUUAGGUCACAGAGUUCCAGAGCAAGCUUACGAGUGUUUGUGUCAGUGUGUCAGUUGUGGGUGUCUGUUUGGGUGUGAGUUCCCUAGGCUAGAUACUAAAACAGGGGAGUGUCAUGAGGCCCAAGACGUUCCCCUCUGCUCCGUACGUGGGCAACACGCGCCAGCGCCUCCAGGAGAUCAAGGAGGGGCUGAAGCAGCCAGCCAAGCUGGUGAGUCAGGCCCUCCAUGGGGGCAGCUCCUGGGGUGAGGGGGGCCGCGGAACCGAAAGCAAGGGCAAAGACCCCGGGAGUCGCCAGCAGCAGCUCCGGCCCCCUCAGAAGUUCAACAACUACCAGAACGCUUUGAGAGAGAUCCGCAAGUCCCUCAAGCCCUACGAGUCUGGCCCCUCCUCUGUCAACCGACAGAUGCUGCAGGAGUUGGUCAAUGUUGGCUGUGACCAGGAAAUGGCGGUGCGUGCUCUGAAGCAGACGGGCAGCAGAAACAUUGAGGCUGCUCUGGAGUACAUCAGUAAGAUGGGAUACCUGGACCCCCGCAAUGAACUCAUCGUCCAGGUCAUCAAACAGACCUCACCAGGCAAAGGGGGCAUUCCAAGCUCAAUGGACCACAGACCACCAUUGGAGGGAACAAGUGAGGGCGCCAUGCCUCCCUACCACCAGAUGGGGGCGCCGAUGUAUGAGGGUGCUGGUUAUGGGCCAGAGGGCGCCUACAUGGGCGCCCCUCCUGUCAUGAACUACAUGAUGCCCCCUUCGGUCGCGGUACAGGGCCCUGCCAUAGGUAACCCCAUGGGACGCCCCGUCAGCAUGGGAGCCUACACUCCAACCAUGGCAGCCUACCCUCCAGCCAAUCCAGGGAACCCCAUGUACACCCCAGGCACCACGCAGAAUGCCUACCCAGGCAGUAUGGAGCAGGCCAUGAUGGGCUACAGCGUCCCCAGCCAGCCCCUGCAGCUCCAGCCCCAGGCACCAGGAGGCCCUGCCCCCGGACCCCACUACGACUAUGGCCACGUCCGGCCUCACAUGAUGGAGCCCUCAAGCUACGGCGUGCAGAGGAGUGCCUCCUUCCAGAACAAGAUGCCGCCGCUGGCACCCGACAACUACGUCAACAUGCAGGGGAAAGGGGCCAUGGGCCAGAACGGGGGAGGGUACCCUCCUAACAUGUACAUACCGCCCCACCCCCAGCAGUCCAGCCCAACCUCACACCAGGUCCACAUGAUGUCCCGCUCACCUGGUGGAGCCGCCGCUGCCAUGGGGCCAGACUUCUCUGACCUGCUCACACCCUCUAGAGCCAGCCUUAACCUGGACCUGUACGAGCAGCACCAGCACCACUGGGCCGGUCCCCAGGGGCCUGAGGGUGCCCCUCCAGCCAGGCAGCCCCAGCCUCAGGGGCCCUUCCGGGGAGAGGUGCGGGUCCCCAGCAGGACCAACUCCUUCAACAACCGGUCAGUGCCCCCAAACAACGUCCGACCCACCCUGGUCACCCCAGCUCCCGGAAAGCAGGACCCGUCCCUGGGACAACCCAACACCAUCACAGCGGUGACUUCGCCCCCCAUCCAGCAGCCGGUGAAGAGCAUCCGAGUAAUGAGGCCCGAGCCGAAGACUGCUGUGGGGCCAUGUCACCCUGGCUGGUUGGCUGCUCAGGAAGCAUCUGAGCCCCUCGCCUACAUGCCUGAAGAGGCCUACUCUCUGGAGCAUGCCCAGGAGACCCGCUGUCCACCACCUCCCUACCCCAAAACCCUGCUCAUGUCUGGGGCUGCUUCAGAGGCAGGGCCCCUGGAGGGACCAGGAGGUGCUAUGUGUGGAGCCCCAGACCUCAACACCCCUUCUAGGCCACAUGGUGGUAGUGGAGGAGGAGGAGGAAAGGCAGAGGAGAGCCAGGUGAAAGAGAAGACCAAGUCUGGGAAAGGAGAGAAGGCAGUGAAAAACAAGAAGCAGAUCCAGACAUCGCCGGUGCCGGUGAGGAAGAACGGACGUGAUCAGGAGAAGAGGGAGUCGCGCAUUAAAAGCUACUCGCCCUUUGCCUUCAAGUUCUACAUGGAGCAGCAUGUGGAGAAUGUGAUGAAGACCCACCAGCAGAAACUGAACCGCAGGCUGCAGCUAGAGCAGGAGAUGUCCAAGGCUGGCCUAUCAGAGGCGGAGCAGGAGCAGAUGAGGAAGAUGCUUAACCAGAAGGAGUCCAACUACAACCGACUGCGCCGCGCCAAGAUGGACAAGGCCAUGUUUAUCAAGAUCAAGACGUUGGGGAUCGGGGCCUUCGGUGAGGUGUGCCUGACCCGCAAGGUGGACACGGGAGCCCUGUACGCCAUGAAGACGCUGCGCAAGAAGGACGUGCUCAACCGCAACCAGGUGGCCCACGUCAAGGCUGAGCGUGACAUCCUGGCGGAGGCAGACAACGAGUGGGUGGUGCGUCUGUACUACUCGUUCCAGGACCGUGACAGCCUCUACUUCGUCAUGGACUACAUCCCCGGAGGAGACAUGAUGAGCCUGCUGAUCCGCAUGGGCAUCUUCCCUGAGCCGCUGGCAUGCUUCUACGUGGCUGAGCUGACCCUGGCCAUCGAGAGUGUCCACAAGAUGGGCUUCAUCCACCGCGACAUCAAGCCGGACAACAUCCUCAUCGACCUGGACGGACACAUAAAGUUGACCGACUUUGGCCUCUGCACUGGCUUCCGCUGGACGCACAACUCCAAGUACUAUCAGAAAGGGAGCCACAUCAGACAGGACAGCAUGGAGCCCAGUGACUUCUGGGACGACGUGUCCAACUGUCGUUGUGGCGACCGGCUGCAGACCCUAGAGCAGCGGGCGACACGGCAACACCAGCGCUGCCUGGCACACUCCCUGGUGGGCACGCCCAACUACAUUGCCCCUGAGGUGCUGUUGCGCAAAGGGUACACCCAGCUGUGUGACUGGUGGAGUGUGGGAGUGAUCCUAUUUGAGAUGCUGGUGGGACAGCCCCCCUUCCUGGCCCCGACACCCACCGAGACACAGAUAAAGGUGAUAAACUGGGAGAGCACGCUGCAGGUGCCCCCGCAGAUCAAGCUCAGCCCCGAGGCUGUCGACAUCAUCGGCCGUCUCUGCUGCUCCCCAGAGGAACGUCUUGGGAGCAACGGCGCCGGCGAGAUCAAAACUCAUCCCUUCUUCGACCAGAUGGACUUCUCCAGCAACCUGCGCACCCAGCCCGCCCCCUACCGGCCCAAGAUUGCCCACCCCAUGGACACUUCCAACUUCGACCCAGUGGAGGAGGAAGGGGGUCCCGGGGCGUGGAGUGAUAGCGGAGACAGCACCCGGGCCUGGGAGACCCUCUGCACCCCACACGGGAAACACCCGGAGCACGCCUUCUACGAGUUCACCUUCCGCAGGUUCUUUGACGACAACGGCUGCCCCUUCCGCUACCCCAAGCCCCCAGAGACCAGCCACAGCCAGGGGCCUCCCAGCAGCAGCGGAGCCAGCAGCAUGGGCCCUGAGGAGGAAGAGGAGGAGGAGGAGGAAGAGCAGGGGGAAGGCUGUGAGCCUGUGUAUGUGUAGAAGAGCCCCGACUGUUGGCGUUCUAAACUAUGCCCCCCUCUCUCUUUCUCUCUCGCUCUCUCUCUCCAGCAAAUCAACACUCAGCACCUGGGACCAUGUCUGCCAACCUCCCAUCUACCACUGUGAAUGUAUGUUCAUGUGUGUGUGUGCAUGUCUCUGUAUAUGUGGUUUUGAGAGACUGAGAGCGAGUGAGAUAUUGAGAACAGGACGGCCAGACAUCUGUUCAGCAAUUCAAGCGCUACUGUGUGGAAUCUACAACGUGAGCAGAGACUACAAUAAGAACCCCUGAUCUGGGACCAAUAAAUAAUUAACUGUACAAGGGCUAGGGAUGGGAUAAUGAUGCCAGAGGACUGUUAUGAAAAAAGACUCAUCAGAACAGGUAGUUCUUUUAAAAGGCUCCACUGCACUGUGGAGGUUUACAAAAGUGUUCAGAUAAGAGUUAUACGCUGGGACCGUGACCAUGCGUGUUUCUGGUGGUCAUAGUGCUCUAUCCCAUUCCUUCCGCCCUGGGUCUUACAGAGAUCACUUCUUCCAGGUUGACCUUACCCCAUGAAGUAAACACAAACACUUGCUGUUUCACGGGUUGCUUGUCUCUUCCUUUCUGAGACGUAGGGACUAGAACCAAUGUGUGCUUUGGACACUGAGCUGGACUUUAGGUUGGACUAGACUGAAUUAACUGGCGGGAAGAAUCAAAACGCAACACUUAUCACACAGCUGUGACAAAAUAAGCUACCAAAAUACACAUGCACACUUUGCAGGAUGGUUGAACUACACAAUCUAGGAGGAAGCAAUGGGGUUGUCCUCUGCAGCUAACCACCCUAAGUCCUCUAAAACCACAGGGUUAUCUUACGCAUUUCUAUCAAUGUUGUUUGGAUGUUUUUCAAAGGUAGAAGGUCUGACAUGGCAGUCUAGAGAUUCCCCCAAGGUUAACUAGCUGUGUGUCUCCUACCUUCAGCUUCACAUACACAUUUUCUUUCUCCAAAUAGGUGAUGUGGGAUGCCGCCAUCUUGUGGUUAGAGAGCCACUAUGUUGUUCCCUUACCACCCCUAAAUGAUUCUGCUUCGAGUGUUAGACCCAGGGGAAUAGUUGUGAUGGGGAAAUACUCGUAGGAACAACAACAAAUUCCUUUGGUUGAAGUGCCAGCUGCCAGAUACAUGGAUGACAUUGUUAUUGGAGUCAAUCAAUUCCUCUCUCGGUAUUAUUAUGAUGACUAUGUUUUAUUGAGCUAGUUCUGAGGAAGGUGAACUACAAGUGUGAAUCAUUGCUUUGUUGUGGAUAUGGAUCUUGUGAUUACAUACAUGUUUGGUAAGCAGUCACGCCUAUCCAUGUCUCAACACAACACAUACAGUACACCUGCUCUAAGACUGUCAUGUACUGUGACAUUACUGAUGCCGUGCUUUUUAGCCACAUUGACAUUUCAAAGUCCAACCUGCUAGUGCACCACUUACACACACGCAGUAUUAUACAGUUAACACAUCCAAGUGUCCACACGGUCUCCUCGGUCCAUAUGGAGACAUGGCAGAAACAUGUGAUAGUAUGACUAUGUGCAAUACAGAAAAUACAAUAUAUUGUUUUGUAAACACUUACAAUUAUUCUUUUGAUCUUUUAAUACUGAAACACGCUAUGUAAAAAUAUAUAUUAUAUUGGUUUAUAUAUUUUCCGUAUAGUUACAUGACCCAAUGCUGCUUAUUAUUGUGAUUAAUAUUAUUUACAUUUUUAUCAUUAUUUCAUGUAUACGUACUUCUUUCCUUUUUGUGUAAAAAGAAAAGUGUGGGUUUGAUUGCCAGUGUGUUUGAAUUUGAAAGUGACGAACGGUGUGCUUUUUUAGAUGAAUGUUGGUGCGCAUCUAUCCACCACAAGGUGAUGAUGAUCAGUGUUUGUGCAGAAUAACGACAGCAGCGUUCCUGCUCUCUGCAACUGGGCUGGCCCUGUGUGUAAGAGAGUAGGGCGGAAGAGGGAGAGAGACAGACAGUGAUAGAGAAAGAUGAGUUUCAGAGACAAAAGGAAAGCAAGGCAAGAUUGGUUAUAAAGUGUAAAAUAUAUGAAUAAAUAGCCUCCUUUGUAUUACAAGACCAAGUAUGGUAAAUGACAGACUAUUAUUGGUACAUUUUAAUGCAUCCUAAUGACCACAGGUUAAUUUGACCAUUAAUAUUAUGCUUGUGUUACAGAAUUGUUGUUAUGCAGUGGAGCACUGCUCAAAGCAGGAAAUGCUUUAUUUUCUCCAAUAUCUCCAUAUGCUUAUUGACAAUCAACCAUUGACGCAGUCUUGUAUGUCCAACUGAAUAACAGUAUUCCAUAUGUGAUUGCAUACUGACGGAACGGUCAAAAAGUUGCAAGUUCUGCCGUAUGUCAAUUCCCAAACAUUCUAAGUGCACCAAUAUGUAUCUCAAAGAUCAGAUUUGUGGCAAAAUAUGAGGGGAAUAUUUUAAACAAUGACAAUUGUUUAAACGUGCCAAUAAUGUUUUUGUUCACUUGCAUGACAAAAUGAAUUGAAAUUGACAUGUUUUUUAUAAUAUGCCUCAUGUCUUCAGGAUUGGGCAGCAAAUUCACUUCAUUUGGUCAUCGUUGUCAGCGCAAGUGGGAUUGCCAAUCCACCAGGAUGGACUACUCAGUGAAAAAUAGCUUUAAAAAGAAACUGCUCACUGAGUCAGUUUUCUAGUGUGUAUGAGUGUUUUGUAUUAGGUGUGCUGUGGAUGAUGUGUGGUUUCCCUGUAUCUGAGUUUUGAAAGUGAUGACUGACAAUCUUUGACUGAUUUGAGAUCUUAUGUAAUGACUCAUGAUGGGACUUUUUUUUAUCUAUGUACUUUUUUGUAUUUUUACUCUCGGGAGUUUCUCAUGUCUUUGAUCCUCCUUAAUGUAUAAUACAAUUUUGUUAUUCUUGAAUAUAUAUUUAUACAGAUAUACAUAUUUUUUUGUAUCUAUAUUCUUUUUCAUUUCCUCUGAGCUAAUGUUCGAAUCUCUUUGUCUACAGUAUUAUAGACAAUAUAAUUUGGACAGCAUAUCACCUUUUUUACAUAUGUAUGAAUUGAGAAUUUGAAAAACUGCUUUCACUGUCCUCACGUGUAAAAUAUAUGUAUAAAUUUAAAUUAACCAG